AUGAAGUUCUCUGCCACUGCCAUCGCCUUCCUCUCUCUCGCUGCCUCUACCAUGGGUAGCCCAACUUCGCGAAACCAGCAGCGCUGGAUCACCACCAAGUUGACUCUUUGCCAGGAGCCCAACCUCCAGGACUGCGAUGACACUUUUGUCCCCAUUGACACUUGCUUCAAGGUUCCAGAAUGCACUGUUCAGUCUUUGAACGCCCAGGGACACGUUUGCGACUACUACUCCGACGUCGGAUGCUCUGGAACCAAGUAUAAGCACUUUGGCAUUCAGCAGAACCUCCCUCAAGGAACUACUAUCCGAUCAGUUUUCUGCUGGUAA